CAACACAAAAUUAGGGCUACCAGCGAAGCCCGAAUCGGAAUUCUGCAGAGGCCCGAGCCCUAAAGUGUUAAUUCCUUCUGCAAAUCUGUGGGGUUUUGGGGUUUUUGCCGUUUCAACACCUACCUCUACCCUCCCGCCUCUCUCUCUCUCUCUCUGUUACACACAGAGACUGAAAUGGAGGAAGCACAGUACGAAAUCGAUUUGGGCAACCUUAUGGCCUUCGACCGGAACCAUCAAUUCGCGUCUCCCCCAACUUCCAGGGAGGAGAUUGUAAAGGAAACAGUUGAACAGGCCACCAAAUUGGUUCAAGCAGUUGCAGAUGCCCUUUUCAAUUUGCCUUCGACGGAGGAUCCUGACGGCCCACUCGUCAAGUUGCCUGCACCUACUACCAAAUUGCCCAGAGAAAAACCUCUUCCGAAGCCUAGACCUCCUACACAGUGGGAAGUGUUUGCCCAACAGAAAGGUAUUCAAAAGCGGAAGAAAGAGAAAAUGGCCUUUGAUGAGCAAACCGGUACUUGGAAGCGGCGCCAUGGUUAUGAUCGUCUUAAUGAUGACAACGAUAUACCAAUCAUUGAGGCCAAGGCUACUGAUGAACCUGGAACAGAUCCUUUCGCUGAGAGACGCAAGGAGAAGAAAAGCAGAGUUGACAAACAGGAGGGUAAUCGAUUAAAUAACCUAAAAAACGCACAGAAAGCAGGUGCCUUGCCAAGCCACAUUCAACUUGCUGCGACCGCCUUACCUAUAACAGGAACGCAAUCACAGCCUAAGAGAGUUAGCAAAGAUGUGUUACAAAAUGUGGCUGGCAUGGCAGCAACUGCAACAGCAAGUGGUGGAAAAUUUGACAAGAAAUUGCCAGGGGAAAAGCCUCCAAAACAUGAAAAGAAGUAUAGGAAGUACCUACCGGCCGUGGAAGGAUCAGGAAUGGGAACCUUGGAAAAACAGCAGACUGAGAAUGUCUUGAACAGGUUGAUGUCCAAGCACUCUCACCAGAUACUCAACGUAGAAAAGGCUGUGAACAUGUACAACGUGAAGAAAGAGAAGCACCAAAGGAGACAAGGUGGGCAGUCAUCGAACUCAGGAGGCAAGUUUAAGGCGAACAAGAAAUCUUUCAAGAAAACGUCGAAUAAAGGCCCCUCCUCCUCAAGUAAAGGAAGAUCAAAAUGAUGCUCUCAUCUCUCUUGAUCAUAUGGGAUUGUGGAAAUUUUGCUAGGCACUAGUCAAUUAAGCUGGACGUGACAGACACUUUACUACUGCACCCUCUCCCCCUUGUUUCUAAAAAAAUAUUAUAGAGGAAUGUAUUACUUCUGAUAUAUUGUGCUAUCAAAAUUUGCUAUUUGCUA